UCAUCCACCAGAUCAUUAUCACACACAUCACAACCGUCAAUCGCUCCCUCUCCCUCCUUCCCUCCUUCUCUCGACUCCCCCCACCCCUCUCUCUCUCUCUCUCUUGCAUAUCGAGAACAUCACGAAAAUCGAGAAACCUUAACAUAGCGAAUAAAACAAAACAAAUCCAUUUAAGGCAAUAAGAAAAUAAAAAAAGAAAAUCUAGGGUUCCAAAUUCUCCUUCCUCUUCGAAUUUCUUUCCCUCCUCCGAAACAUCUUUCCUUCUCGGUGUUUUCCCUCGUUUAUUCUUUUGUUUUGCCAAGAAAGCGGGGGAAAUCUCUCCAGGCGUUUGUUUGUUUGGCUGUUUUGCCGGUUCGUCUUCACCGGAUCCAUUUUUUAAGAAAGAUAUUUUCCCGGGAAAAACAAUUCACCCUCCAUUUUCAGCUCUUGGUGAGUCGGUGACGAAGAAUUCCUUUGUUUUGGUUCUUCAAGCCGUUUAAAGGUAUUCCCCCUCUGCAUGUCUUUCUGCCUGCCUCUGUUGGUUUAAUUCGGAAACUUGUUGGCGGAAAGUGGUUUUAUAUGGAAUGCGUGUAUUUUCGUUUUUUGUUUUUUUGUUUUUCCUGCGACUUAAGGUGAAAUUUAUCGUGCCUCGUCGAUUACUUUCGUGAAAAAAGACGUUUUCUUAAUUCCUUGAAUACAGGAGUAUUGCGUGUGAAUUGUUGGUCGAGAGGAACAAAAGCGGGCGGGUGGGGUGCAGGAGAGGAGGAAUAGCUACGGAGGAUUUAUAUUCGAUAGGGAGGAUUUGAGACCUCGAAAAUAAGUUUUUUUUUUUUUUUCCUAUCUUUUAGUUUCUUGAUAUCUUGUAAUAUUCCGAUCGAUUGUUGCGAUUUUAUUUGGAAUUUCUUUGAGGUUGAAUGCGAAUUGGUGUAUGGAUUUAGAAGCAUCUUCUUCGAGAGAUUUGGUCAAAUGCUGUAAUUGUGGGUGUAGCUGCUCGUUGAUCAGUAGUUCUUCACGGGAUUGGCUUCGGUCUGUAAAGCGAAAGCAUGACGAGUUUGAGGAUGGUGACAGAUUCUCCAUUCCAGGCUUCGAUUUCUUCUCAAAUGCACGGGUUCAAAUUGAGAACGAAUGCGCUCUGCUCCGUGAGAUGGUUAGUAAGCAACAAGAAACAAUUCAGGAUUUGCAUACGGAAUUGGAGGAAGAGAGGAAUGCGUCUUCAUCAGCUGCAAAUGAGGCCAUGUCAAUGAUAUUGAGGUUGCAAAGGGAGAAGGCGGAGAUCCAAAUGGAGGCCCGACAAUUCAAGCGUUUUGCUGAGGAGAAAAUGGCACACGACCAGCAGGAGCUUGUGGCAAUGGAAGAUUUGUUGUAUAAGAGAGAGCAGGCCAUUCAGUCGUUUACUUGUGAGGUGCAGGCUUAUAAGCAUAGGCUGAUGAGUUAUGGGUUCACGGAGGCUGAGGUGGAGGGAGAGAGGGGUGGACAUAGCCAUAAUCCAAGCAUGUUGGAGUUUGAUGCCCAACUUGAACUCCCCAUGUAUGAAUACCCACCUUUGAAAUGCAACCUAAACGAUACCCAAGCUCCUUUAGAGGAAGAUAAUGAUGUUGAAGACGUCGACAAAUAUGCAUUUGGUGAGACCCCUCGCGCUAAAGACCGGUUGAAGAAUUUGGAAAAUAGAAUCUACCAGAUGGAGAGAAGUCCCAGCAACAGUCGGCUGGAUGGGGAUUCCUCUGGUUCGAAGAGCAUUCUAGAAAAGGUGGUAGUUGGUUACUCUCCUAGGCUGUCAAGACACUCCAGGAAAUUUUCCAAUGAUUUUUCGGCAGAAUAUCUAAGGCCCAUUAGCAGUUUCAAUAAAUCAGAGGAUGUCUCACAGAUAGAGGAUUACUCUAAUUUGAGAAAGUUAGAUAAUGCAUCUGAAAUUGCAGAUGACAACAUGAGUGACAGAGUUUAUACCAUUGACUCAAUCCAUAAUGGAGCACCAAAUAAUGGGUUUACUGAUCCCAAAGCCGGAGGUGAGUUUUCUGAAGAUUAUGUAACCACUCCAAUGUCCUUGAAUCAGGCUGAUUGCGCUGAUCCUGAUAUUAAGAAGCUCUACAUGAGGCUUCAGGCACUUGAGGCAGACAGAGAAUCAAUGAGGCAGGCAAUUAUUUAUAUGCGUACCGACAAAGCUCAAAUGGUACUACUGAAAGAAAUAGCUCAACAUUUGUGCAACGAAAUGACACCAGAAAGACGAAUGACUGCGAAGAAGCCAUCUCUUCUGGGAAGCUUUUCAUUCUCAUCAGUUUUUAAGUGGAUUGUGUCAUUCGUUUUCUGGAAAAAGAGAGCUCGUCGAAGCAAGUACAUGGGUAGGCUGUCAAGCAGUGGAGUGGGAUUGCUAAUGCUCUUGGACAAGGCCCCACGCGUAAGGCCAUGGAGAUGUCUUACAAGCACGCAAGUAUAAAAUCACGUUCUUCAACUUUUGAAUCCAAUGGGUGUCUAUUCUCAUGUUUGUGAUGCAUUUGAUCGCGACUACUAUGAUUAGAUUUUGCGUUCUUUUUCUCUGGAUUCUUGGUUGCUGCGAGAUUGGUUUAAUUGUGAGGUAUUCUUUUGUUACAUUUCUUGUGAGUGGCUGUAUUUUACUGGUUGAAUGGUGAAACAUAGAUUUGGUGUAGGCGUGCUUGCUCGUAUAGUUGGAAUGAAGCUCUAAGAUUGUCAUUUGGCAGCCCCCUCCUGUACAUUGCAUCUUCCCGUAUGAUUUACCAUCCAAGAUAUGCAGUGUAUUCUUUUAGCAUUCAAGCACGUUACUUUGCGUUGAGGCAUGUUACAUUGUAAGGCUUCUAUUUUUAUCUGAUUUGUUGACACUUCUUCUACAGAA